AUGGAAGGGAAGAUGUUCAGAUCAUCAUCGUCGUCGUCGUCAUCAAACAUUAAAGGGUCGUCUAAGAAGAAGUUGUCAAGCAAGAAGCUUGGGAGGUUUCUGAAAGAACAGAGAGCAAGACUUUACAUUGCAAGAAGAUGCAUCAAUGAGAAGCUCAUUAGUUGCAUGGAAGAUGGGAGGUUUAAGGGAAGAGUUUCAACUUGCAAGAGGGUGGCAAUUUAG